AUGCAUUAUGGUAAGUCUUUGUCCAGAUCCAGAAGCCGUUCGAGGAGCAUACCACAAGAAGCUGAAAAUCCGAGAAAAAGAUUGUAUGUGAUAGGACUGUCUCCUAGGAUUACCAAGAGAGAACUGGAGAAGUAUUUUGCUGCUGAAGGAAAAGUGAUAGAUGUUCAUCUGGUUGUUGAUCCAUGGACAAGGGAAUCCCGUGGUUUUGGAUUUGUGACAAUGGUUACUCUUGGAGAAGCUAAUCGUUGUGUGAAGUAUCUGGAUUGCUUUGUUAUCAUGGUGGAGAAGCUAGCGAUCACUCUCAUCAUUUUCCAUAAUCAUAAGUUUCAAAUUCUCUAUGUUCCCUCUGUCCAGCUUCAACAUCUCUGUUCUGGUAAUUUCGACAUUUCGGUAAUUUACAGUUUCUUUUGUUUUAUUCAACUGAGUUACUGUCAGAAUCCUGUGAUAACUUUUGUGAAAUAG